CGUACACUUAACACUUCCCUCUCUCAUCCCCUUCUCAAAAACACUAAUUAACAACUUCCAAACAUGACAACCACUUCCCUUCUCUUUCUCUUUCUCUUCUCUCUCCUCUCCCCGGCCCUCAUUUCCUCUUCCCCUGUCCAAGACCCUGAAUUGGUAGCUCAAGAAGUGACCAGGCAAAUCAAUGCGUCUGUUGCUAGGAGGAACUUGGGGUACUUGUCUUGCGGGACAGGUAACCCAAUCGACGACUGUUGGAGGUGUGAUCCGAAUUGGGAGAAGAACAGACAGAGGCUUGCAGACUGCGCUAUCGGCUUCGGGAAGAACGCCAUUGGCGGAAGGGACGGAAAAAUCUACGUGGUGACUGAUUCUGCUGAUGACAACCCAGUGAACCCCAAGCCGGGGACGCUUCGCUAUGCAGUGAUUCAGGAGGAGCCCUUAUGGAUCAUAUUCGCAAGGGACAUGGUGAUUCAGUUGAAGGAAGAACUUAUAAUGAACUCCUUCAAGACCAUAGAUGGGAGAGGUGCUAGCGUGCACAUUGCUGGUGGACCAUGCAUAACAAUUCAGUAUGUGAAUAACGUUAUAAUACAUGGUAUUCACAUACAUGAUUGUAAGCAAGGUGGGAAUGCUAUGGUGCGUGACUCCCCACGGCACUACGGGUGGAGGACUCUAUCGGACGGUGAUGGGGUCUCCAUAUUUGGCGGGAGCCACGUGUGGGUUGAUCAUUGCUCCUUGUCUAACUGCAGGGACGGUUUGAUUGAUGCCAUUCACGGCUCCACCGCAAUUACAAUUUCUAACAAUUACAUGACGCACCAUGAUAAGGUUAUGUUGUUGGGUCAUAGUGAUACAUAUACACAAGACAAGAAUAUGCAGGUUACUAUUGCUUUUAACCACUUCGGUGAAGGCCUUGUUCAGAGAAUGCCAAGGUGUAGGCAUGGGUAUUUCCAUGUGGUGAACAAUGACUACACACACUGGGAAAUGUAUGCCAUUGGUGGAAGUGCCAACCCAACCAUCAAUAGCCAAGGCAACAGAUUUGUAGCACCAAAUGACAGGUUCAGCAAAGAGGUGACAAAGCAUGAGGAUGCACCAGAGAGUGAAUGGAGGGGUUGGAAUUGGAGGUCAGAAGGGGACUUAUUGGUAAAUGGUGCAUUUUUCACUGCAUCUGGUGCUGGAGCCUCUUCAAGUUAUGCAAGGGCUUCAAGUUUGAGUGCAAGACCAUCCACUCUUGUGGGCACUAUAACAACUGGUGCAGGUGCACUCGUUUGUAAGAGGGGUUCUCGUUGCUGAUUUUUAUGAUUAUGACACCUUAAGAAAGGGGUGAAAAAACAAAUAUUUAAUCAAAGAGGGAGGGAAGUGAAAAACAAAACAAAAAAUGAAUGGCCUUAUUUUAUAUAGACUAUAUGGUCAUUUCUGUUAAUUGCUAGGACUCAAGUCUCCUAGGAUUCUCUUCCUCCAUUCUUUUGGGGAUUAUUUUCUACUAUUUGUAUUUUGUUUGUGAUGUUUUGCUCUCUACUUGUACAACCACUGACAGUUAAUCUCUUAGAACCGAAUAUGUUGGUCAAUGUCAAUGGUCUAAGAGAAAACAAGUACAGAAGAGUUGAUAUGUAAUAUAUACAAAAUUAUAUAGUGUUGCUUAAUUUCUCUGUUGAA